GAGUGACGUAAUCACGUCUGCCAAGCGUUUCUCCUUCCCGCCUGAGGAGCGAGUCUUUCCGUAACAUGGCGUCAGCUUUACUCGCACUCAUGUUGACAAUAUCUGCGGAGCUUCUACAAGUGCUGUCAUACAACCAUAGCAAGACAGGAAAACAUGGAUUCCAGACUCAGCCUUCUCUCGAAGAGAAGUAUUUCACCCAGACCCUCGACCACUUCAACUUGAAUUCCAUGGGGAAUGGGACAUACCUUCAGCGAUACCUGAUCACUGAUAAAUACUGGAAGAUUGGAUAUGGUCCAAUUUUUUUCUACACCGGCAAUGAGGGGGACAUUUGGCAAUUUGCCCUUAACUCUGGAUUUCUUUUGGAACUGGCUGCUCUGCAGGAAGCCUUGGUCAUAUUUGCUGAACAUAGGUACUAUGGCAAGUCUCUCCCCUUUGGAAAUGACUCGUUCAACAUCCCUGAGGUCGGCCUGUUGACAGUGGAGCAGGCACUUGCAGAUUAUGCCGUCAUGAUCAGCGUGUUGAAACGUCAGAUGGCGGCCGCGGAUUGUCCUGUCGUCGUUUUUGGCGGAAGUUAUGGUGGAAUGCUGUCUGUCUAUAUGAGAAUAAAGUAUCCAAACCUUGUGGCUGGAGCUCUUGCUGCUAGUGCUCCCAUACUGUCAACUGCUGGGCUGGGCGAGCCUACGCAGUUUUUUAGAGAUGUCACUGCUGAUUUUGAGAACAUUUCUCCAGAAUGCAGAUGUGCUGUAGAAGGAGCUUUUCAUCAGCUGAAGGAAUUAUGUGAAUCGCAAGAUUACAGUAAAAUUCAGUCCGCGUUCUCCCUGUGUAAGCGUCCAUCAUCUGCUCAGGACAUCCACCACCUAAAUGGCUUGCUGAGGAACGCAUUUACGCUGAUGGCCAUGUUAGAUUAUCCUUACAGCACUCAUUUCAUGGGCAACUUGCCUGCCAAUCCUGUGAAGGUUGGUUGUGAAACCAUGCUCCGUGGAGGUGAUCUGCUCGCUAACCUGAGGGAUACUGCAGCGAUUGUGUACAACUCAACUGGGUUGCUGACCUGUUUCGAUCUGUACAGUUUGUACGUGGAGUGUGCUGAUCCCACUGGCUGCGGACUCGGCUUUGACAGCGUGGCCUGGGACUACCAGGCAUGCACAGAAAUAAAUCUCUGCUACGAGAGCAACAACAUCACAGACAUGUUUCCAGCAAUGACCUUCACUGAGCGAGAACGCCUGCGGUACUGCUCCAAACGCUGGGGUGUGAUCCCGCGACCAGGUUGGCUCAAAAUUCAGUUCUGGGGUGAUGCCCUUUCCAGGGCUAGCAACAUCAUUUUCUCCAAUGGUGAUCUGGACCCAUGGGCAAAUGGAGGAGUAAGUGCUGAAAAAAUGAGAGACUUAGGUGUAUUUUACAGGCAAAGCUUCAGUCGUGUUUUCUUUCAGGUGCGGAAGUCUUUGAGUUCAUCAUUGAUAGCCAUCAACAUUGCUGGCGGAGCCCAUCAUCUCGAUUUAAGAGGGUCGAAUGAUGCCGAUCCGGCAUCAGUAAUUGAAGCCAGGAAGACUGAGGCAGACCUCAUCACACAGUGGGUGGAGUUGGAGAGGAAACAAAUACAACAAUUGCCCUGAUAGUGUUCGUUUUGCUUUUUUGUGUCCACAUUUCUGACUGAGAUUUUCAGUAUCUGUUUACAUGCUGCAUUACGGUGUCAUGUAUGUGGCUGGCAUUACCUCUGAUUUCAAAUGGACAAAAAGAAUUCCCCUGUAAUAGCCACUUUUUUCUUUUUGUUUUGUUUUAUUUGCUGCUUAUUUUCUUUCUAAUUCUAUUCAUUAAAGCCUUUAGAAAAAAAA